UUGUCAUGUUCAGCUGGCCAUAUAGUAAAAAGUACAAGGAAAAGGCACCCGGACCGCUCUGCUCGACCCGCUGCGGACCUUCGGACUGCCAUGGUGGGCGCCCCGCGCGAUGCGCGCGGACGGCAGCCAGUUCAAGUGGUUCACCUGCGCUUCCAUCAGAAACUUGAUGAUGCAGAGAGCGGUCAAAGAGGCAGGUGAGGCUCAUCUUCCCAGGAAGAUUUGCGGCAGGGGAACCAUUUUGGCGAGCGCGCGACCCUGGAUACGCAUUUUGACAGAGCACGCCAGAAGCCCACCCCCGCCGGCCCCUUCUUGCAUCUUUGCCGAUCUCACCCAUCGCAAAUACCGUGUGCGGCGGGGGGAUGGUGCGCGUGGUCGUGGACUUUAUAAGCGAGGGGAGUGCGGGAUGGACAGGUCUCUCCGAGGUCUUCCAUUCAUUCCUCUAGAUUUCUCUUCGCUCGUUAGACUCGCGGCGGUUGCAUCAUGGCUCUCGGUGCUCUCGUCGCGCUUGCCCUCUUUGUAUCUCGCUCGUAUGCGGUGACGCUUACGGACGGCGCGGCUUUUGCUGCGGAUACGUUCGACUACAUCGUCGUGGGCUCCGGCUCUGCAGGCUUGACCGUCGCUGCUAGGCUCAGCGAGGAUCCUUCGGUCAAGGUCGGACUUAUCGAGGCGGGUACGACUGCAUUGGGUGAUGAUAUCGUCGACGUUCCGGGCAUGUUUGGCGCGGACCUUGGCACGACUUACGACUGGGCCUACACGACAGAAGAGCAGAACGGUGUCCCUAGCCGCCCAUGGCCCAGAGGAAAGGUUGUCGGAGGUUCCUCCGCCCUCAACUUCCUCGUCUGGGACCGCGCGUCCAAGGCCGACUAUGACGUUAUCGAAAAGCUCGGAAACCCCGGAUGGAACUGGGACAAGCUCUUCAACUACAUGAAGAAGGCCGAGUCCUGGACCGGGCCCACCUCCGAUGAGCAGAGCUCGCUGCAGGCGAGCCCCGACCCCUCGAACAUUGGCUCGAGCGGCCCCAUCAGCGUCUCCUUCGGCAACUAUAUCUCCAAGGCGGCCAAGUCGUGGAUCCCCGCGCUCGAGGCGCUCGGCAUCGCGCGCAACGACAACCCGCUGGGGGGCAAUGUGAUCGGCGCGAACCAGAGCCCGAGCGAUAUCAAUCCCGCGAACAGCACGCGGUCGUAUGCGGCGCCUGCGUACUACUACCCGAAUGAGGCGAGGGAGAACUUGGUGCUGCUCACGGGCGCGCAGGUUACGCGCGUCAACUUCGAUGCGUCUGGUGAUGCGUUGACGGCGACGGGCGUGACGUUUGUGAAUGGUGGCUCGCCAUACAACGCUACUGCCAGCAAGGAGGUCAUCCUGAGCGCGGGUACCGUCAACACUCCUCAGAUUCUCGAGCUGUCGGGUAUUGGGAAGGCUGACGUGCUGUCUGCCUUCGGGAUUUCCCAACUCCUUGAAUUGCCUGUCGGGGAGAACCUCCAGGAGCACACCUACACCUCGGUGGCCUUUGAGGUCGCGAAUGGCACAACUACCCUCGACACGCUCCGCAACGAUCCCUCCUUCCAGGAGGAGCAGCUUGCCAACUGGAAGAGCGGCGCCCCGAGCAUCUACGACCAGGCCGUGCCCUCGCUCGGCUAUGUCACCCUCCAGCAGCUUGUCGGCGACUCGAACGCCUCUUCGUUGAUUGCCAAGGCCCAGGGCUACGCACUCUCGCAGAUCGGCUCGGUCUACUACCCCAUCUUGCAGGCGCAAGUUGCGCUGCUUGCUGAUGACACGGUCGGCCAGAUGGAGCUUAUUGCCAUCGACGGGUUCUUUGCGACGAAUGGCGCGCCGGAGGAGGGCAAGGAGUACAUCACGUUCCUUGCUGCGAACCAGCACGCUCUUAGCCGAGGCUCCAUCCACAUCGCGAGCGCCAACGCGACCGACUACCCCAAGAUCAACGCGAACUACUUCGAUGUCGACUUUGACCUCGACCUCCAGACCGCCGGUACCGAGAAGCUCCUCGAGAUCGCCAAGUCGGGCCCGUACGGCGAGUACGUCGGCGCGCGCGCCGUGCCCUCGCCCGACGUCGCCGACCUGCGCGACUACUCAAAGACGACGCUGUCUACCGAGUACCACCCCAUCGGCACGGCGUCGCUGCUCCCGAAGGACAAGGGCGGCGUCGUCGACCCGCAGCUCAAGGUCUACGGCACCUCGAACCUGCGCGUUAUUGACGCGUCGGUUAUCCCGAUCCAUAUUUCCGCGCACAUCCAGUCGACGGUGGUCGGCAUCGCGGAGUAUGGUGCGGAUAUUAUCAAGGGCGUCGCAUAAGGUGCAGACUGUCGCGUGAGUAGGUGCUUGAGCGGAUACCCUAUGCUUAUUGGACGGUACAUACGGACGAUGGACAGUGUUGCAUACACAGUAUUUACUAUGAGUGGCAGAAUGUACCAUAAGAGCCUCAUCUAAUCGCUCGUUUACAUGCUCACUAUACUCUGGAAUACAGCUCAUGGGUAACAUGGAUUCACGGGUGAGCGUGAGACUGCUAAGAUAGCAAUCGUCUUAUGCCCAACCGC